AGCGAUUAGAAAAUAUAUCUUCAGACUCGCAACAUCUCUCUUUCACGUUGACCAAGCCCAUUUACCCUAAUCUUCAUAUAUUCACUCUUGAUUCUUGAUUCAACCAACAACACGUUUCUACCUUCCAUAAACUAUAGAUCAGAAAAUAUCUCUAGCACACCCGCGAUUCUUCAAACAAAGCGACAAAACGCCCCCACCAAAAACAUCCACUCCACUACAAACACAGAAAGGCACCAAGAUGUCAAGUCUCAUUGAAAUUACAACGGAGGAAGAAUGGCAGAAGCAUAUUGAAUCUCUACCACCUUCAACUCUGCAGAUAAUCAGCUUUCAUGUACGUCUCUUAAUUCAUCCCCGACAUUCUCCAUUCUCAACCAUUGACUAAUGCGACAACCACUAGGCACCAUGGGCAGCACCAUGUGUGCAAAUGUAAGACUCUCAGCAUCUGUCGCAUCAGUCCUUUCUACUUUCGUGUUAUAAUGCACCAAUCAAUGAAUCAAACAUGCUAAGCCUCUCAACAAGGUCGGUCGUCCUCCACACCCUCGCGCUCUCCUACCCCGCAACCACACCACCUACCACCUCCUGGGUUUCGAUCAACGCCGAAGAAGUAAUAUCCGUCUCCGACGCCUUCGACGUAACUGCGGUCCCUUUCCUCGUCCUCACUCGCAACAACGCUGUCCUCGAAACCGUCUCCGGCAGUGACGCCGCCAAAGUCCGCAGCACGAUUGAAAAACACGCCAAUUCUACCUCUUCCACAAACGGCACAUCUCUCAGACCCGUACCAAGCAUAAGCCAUACUUCUCCCGAGCCAUCAACACCACCUACUACUUCUACCGAAUCCCAAGAACCAACAUCUAAAGAGGAUCUCCACGAACGCUUAUCCAAUCUUGUGAAAGCGGCUCCUGUGAUGCUGUUUAUGAAAGGAACACCUUCAGCACCUCAGUGUGGUUUCUCUCGUCAACUCGUCGCUCUACUAAGGGAAAAUUCGGUGAAAUAUGGAUUUUUUAAUAUUUUGGCCGAUGAUGAGGUUAGGCAGGGUCUUAAGGAAUUCGCAGAUUGGCCUACUUUCCCACAGUUGUGGAUGGACGGAGAACUUGUAGGAGGUCUGGAUAUUGUAAGUUUAACCCGCAUUAAAUUCAUCUUGAGAAUGAGAGUCGAGGAACACAUUUCGGGAUACAUUUUACCAUAUUGCUUUGUACAUUUUUGGUAGAAGAUAUAUGACUAAUUCAAUAAAUUACAGGUCAAAGAAGAAGCAGGAAAUGAUCCAGAUUUCUUCAAGGCAUAUAGCGUCGCUAAACCGGCGACAGCAGCUUAGGGAGGAGGAAUGAGGGGGGAUUGAUAAAAUCAGAAGCUAGAAUAAAAGAGAUAUCAGUCUAGCACCUUACUUUUGGGCCACCUCUAAUUUUAGGCCUCUCUUUUAUAUCAAAAAAUUAUCAUUUUCGUUUAUUAAUAACUUUAUAAUAAAUGAAUUAAUUUAAUAAAAU